AUGGCGCCUAUAAAGAAACGCACGACAGCGAGAGCGAAGUCGGCGCGCGCAGCCCGUCCAGUGCCUGCGGCAGCUCCCAAGCCAGAUGAAGCCGAGGGCGCGUUCGCAUCAUCGAAAAGAGACAAGCUAAAAAUCAAGCACUCGUCGUUCGUCAGUAAGAUCGAAAAAUCGGCUGCGAAGUCGCAGAAGCGGCGAAGACCGAACAAAAAGCUCGUAGCAAACCUCGAGUCGCUCGCCGAUGCGCUGCCAGGGCUAGAGGACGGAGGAGCAGACGGGGAGGUUGAAGUUGGGCAGGCCAACAUCCAACGCAAGAGUUUGAAGUCUAGACCAGGAGCUACAAAGCGAAAAGAGAAGCUGGUCAAGUCGGAGAUGGACCGCUUCAACAAGAACCUAGCGCAACUGGCUGGGAGCUCAACAGGCUCUGGAGUGCAGGACCGAUGGGCAGCGCUGAAGAGCCAUGUGCAGAACACUAUGGAGGUUAAGCCUGAAUUUACACAGAGCUGA